ACCGUGUAGGCUUGAAGUCAGUCUCUAAAGCCCUAAAGAGAUCAGUGACUUUGCCUGUGUUCGUUCGUCAAAGUUCUGCAAUUUACAACGCGAUGAGCUUCUCUGAGGAUUGCGAACUGAAGGAGAUUCAGAAGCUCGAGGGCCAUACCGACAGGGUUUGGGGCCUCGCUUGGAAUCCUGCCACUGGAGGCUCCUCCGGCGUCCCGGCUAUGCUCGCCUCAUGCAGCGGCGACAAGACCGUCCGAGUUUGGCAACAGAACAGCCUCGCCGGUGGUUCUUUUGAAUGCAAGGCUGUAUUGGACGAGACACAUACUAGAACUGUUAGAUCUUGUUCUUGGUCUCCAUCUGGUAAGUUAUUGGCGACUGCAAGUUUUGAUGCGACUACUGCAAUCUGGGAGCUUGUUGGAGAUGAGUUUGAAUGUGUUUCCACUUUAGAGGGUCAUGAAAAUGAAGUGAAGAGCACUUCUUGGAAUGCAACUGGUACACUACUCGCUACUUGUGGCAGAGACAAAUCUGUUUGGAUCUGGGAAGUGAUGCCUGGAAAUGAGUUUGAUUGUGUGUCAGUGUUGCAAGGUCAUACACAAGAUGUUAAGAUGGUUCAGUGGCAUCCAUCAAUGGAUGUCCUAUUCUCUUGCAGCUAUGAUAAUACAAUCAAGGUUUGGGCAGAGGAUGGAGACAGUGAUGAUUGGCAUUGUGUUCAAACGUUAGGCGAAUCCAACAAUGGUCACACUUCAACUGUUUGGGCCCUAUCUUUUAAUGCCAUUGGAGACAAAAUGGUUAGUUGUAGUGACGACCUUACUGUGAAGAUAUGGAGUGCAGACAUCGUGAGAAUGCAGUCUGGAGAUGGCACUGAGAGAUGGAAACAUUUAUGCACACUUGCAGGUUACCAUGAUCGUACAAUAUUUUCUGUUCAUUGGUCAAGGGAGGGGAUAAUUGCCAGUGGGGCAGCUGAUGAUGCUAUACGCCUAUUUGUUGAAAAUAAAGAUGGUUUGGUUGAUGGACCCAUGUAUAAAAUGCUUCUUAAGAAAGAUAAUUCCCAUGACAUGGAUGUCAAUUCUGUACAAUGGAGUUCUUCGGACAAAAAUCUGCUUGCUUCAUCGAGUGAUGAUGGAACUAUCAAGAUAUGGGAGCUGGCCUACGAAAUUUGACACAAAGUAUUAUCUGCCAACAUACAAUUGCCAGUUGUUGCAUAUUUAACUUGUAAGGAUUCUGUAUUCCAAAUAAGAUUUGAUAUUUAAGAGAAAUUUAAGUUCCUAUUUUUCGCUAAAUAAUAAUAAUUUUGUAAUUAGGUAGUCCAAAUGCAAUAUAAAAUAAUAAUAAAUACCUUCACGAAAAUUUUAUUAUUGUCUAAUAACUGCAUCAACAAUGGUAUCUUGAAAAAGGAUCUCCAAAUUUAACACCUAUUUUGUAUCCUUAAAUCACUGGAAUUAGCUCUCAGUCUUCUUCCUUCUUCAAUCAAAGCUGCUCUUGCAAACAUUAUCUUGCUGUUGCUUGCUAAUGCAGCAUCAAAAGCAUUGCAGUCUGUCCAAUCUUUCAUAAACUUUUCCUGUCCCCAUUUAUCUGGGAUCCAGACCCGACUUGUCAUCUCAACCCUCUGCCUCUUCAACCUGUCUCUCGCUAUCUCCUCGGCUGCUGAAAUCUGUGUUGACCCUCCCAAUGCUAGCUCAGGCUCGUAUGGUCUGCUCAGUUUCUGUCUGCAGUUUCUGUUCUGGCUUUGCUGAUGAUGUUCAUUGUCUGUUGCUGAAGAAGAAAGGGGAGUCUGUUUUUCCUCCAUUAAGGGAUGAUGAAGCUUUUUUUCUUUCUUUCUUAGAACAGGAGGGGGUGAUAUAUAAGGAAUGGGGAAAGGAAAUAUGUGGGGUGUUGGCUUACACGUCACCAUUUAGAGCUUGUUUGAUUUUGUUUACCUGUUUAUGGGUAAAAUAACAUAGAUAUUAUUAGUAUUUGAUAAUUUAAAAUGGAAAAGAAAAACCACAUCAAACAAGGCCUUAGUUUGCUAGUUUGCAUAAUGUGUUAGUUGCCUUUUUGAAUGGCAAGUGGGAACUGUACGUGUCCUUUAUUGAAAUUA